AUGGGAGAUCAGGCUUUUAGAUUUACUAAGGAGAAGUCAGGGAAGACUGCAAAUGGGAAAGAAAUACCCCCCGAUAGUCCAUUAGGUCGGACGUUAAGUCUAUGGACGGACAGUAGUAGAACAAAGGACUUAAAGAAAGAGACCAUGAUAAAAUAUUGUUGUUUUAUAUGGACCAAGGAACCUAUCCGCGCCCCCUUGGUAGUUUGGCCCGAAUAUGGGUCUGAUGAAGACUGGGUGUGUCAAAUCCUAAAUGUAUAUGUUAACAGAAAACAACCGUUUGACCCAGAAGAGAGCAAAUACGCCGUCGCCUGGCUGGCAGGCGAUAGCGAGGGUCCCACGCGUCUCUAUCCUCUGAUUCCCCAAACAGACCCGAGGAAGCCCCAGAAGUCUUGGGACGUUCUCACCGACGGUUUGCCACCGUCUGCCCCGCCCCCGUAUAUACCACCCGCGCACGACCAGGCGCACGACCAGGCGCACGACCAGGCGCACGACCAGGCGUCCAGCGCGGACCUCCCUCCUGCGACGGAUAAAUCCGAUUCCCAGCAGGCUAUGACCAGUGCGGCAGGGACUGCUGGGGGGAGCACAGGAGGGGGCGCAGAACCCACCCCAGGCACUAGGAAAUCGGUCCGACUCGAGAUGUGGAGGGGCCGAGAAGAGGGAUUGAGAGCUGGGAGGAGUGACAAUAUUGAACAGCUGAACUCCUUACGAGAGGUGCCGUUUGGGAACGACCGGACUGGGUUCGUAGUACAACCUUUAAAUUCUGGGGAUAUCCGGCAACUCCGUAACGAACUACCCCGUCUACUGGACGACCCCAUCAGUGUGGGAAUACAACUGGACCAAUUUCUGGGGCCCAGUAUAUACACAUGGGCCGAAUUACAGGCCAUGAUGAGAAUAUUAUUUAAUUACGAUGAAAUUGUUAUGAUCCGGAAUAGUGCAAUGGCCAUUUGGGAUAAGGAGCAUCAGGGAGGCCCUCAGCGUGGAGAGCAGAAGUACCCCUUAGAGGACCCCCGGUGGGAUCAUAACGACGCGGGGGGACGGGCCAAUAUGACAGAUCUCAGAAGCCUUAUAAUCAGGGGAAUCAAAACCUGCGUGCCUAAACAGCGGAAUUUAGCGAAAGCAUUCGAAGUUGGACAGAAAAAGGAUGAAUCCCCGAGUGAGUUUUUAGACCGUUUGCGGGAGUCCAUACGAAAGUAUUCAGGUUUAGACCCCGAUGGGGAAAUAGGCAAGGGCAUGCUUAAGGUGCACUUUGUGACUAAGUCAUGGCCUGACAUUCAGAAGAAAUUACAGAAAGUGGAGGAUUGGGCUGAAAAAGAUGUUGCAGAAUUAUUACGGGAAGCACAGAAGGUCUACGUUCAGAGGGAUGUAAUAAGGGAGAAACAAAAGACAAAAAUGAUGGUGGCAGCCGUACGGGAAGCUUGUAAAUCCACCGGAAUGGGGGAAGAAGGUUAUGGGAUGGAAAGAGGAAG